GUCACCAUGUCCAUAUAUUUUUAAUUAAUGUAAAAUCGUUAAAAAUUUUAUGAGCCCAUUUGCUACAAUUUAAUGUAAAGAGUUGAAAAUGACUUUGGCAUAGUGUUUACAACUUCUAGUGUUCUUCAUUCACUUCAAAUCAACCAAGAUUAAUAUAGGCCUCGAUUCACAUUACAGCAAAUCGGUGUGUCUAAUGGGUGGUUAGCUCUGCUCUUGUCGUGGUCGAUACUUGAUAGUCCCCGGUCUAGCUUCCAAUUUUCUUUGCAGAAACGUGGACCAUAGUGCAGAGCAGUCUACCCUAUCAAAGCCCCUUCAUUUUAAUAUUAGCCACCAUACGCUAUGGCUUCUAAAGAAGAGAGAAAUUCACCAACUACGUAGUCUUAGCCCAGAUUCUCUUCAUAAAAGAAUUGUUUCAAAGUACAUUUUCAUUGAAAUUCAAAGCUUUUAUCAUCUCCCCAUUUGACGCCUCCCUCGUUUACGUCACCUGGGGUUUCUUUCGGGUUUUCUCUCUUCUUCUUGCAUCUUUGUUGAGUCUACACUUGUCCCUCUUCAAAUCUUUCUUUAUCACCAACAUGUUGAUUUUCUCUCUUCUUCUUCUUCUUCUUCUUCAUUAGUUUUCUGUUUCUUGCAUUUCAUAUUGGGUUUCAGGUUUCUUCAUAGAAUUGGUUGUUCCUCUGUGUUCUUACAUAAUUUACUUGCAUGCUGUUUUACAUUAGUCCAAGUCCAAGAUCUAAAACCCCUACAUGGAUCAUGUAAGCAGAAGCUACGGUUCACAAACUCUUCCUCCAAUCACAAAUCCUAGUACCAGUACCUCAAUCGUUGGCCCUCAUUCACAUUCUUCAGACACAAGUUUCCCCAUUAUAGCCAUUGCCAUCAUAGGGAUUUUAGCCACAGCUUUCUUGCUGGUCAGCUAUUACUUCUAUGUCAUCAAAUGCUGCCUCAACUGGCACCGCAUCGAUUUCCUAAGACAAUUCUCUCUAUCAAGAAACAGAAAUCAUGAAGACUCUCUGAUGGGCUUCUCUCCCGCAACGGAGGCUCGUGGACUGGAUGAGUCGGUGAUAAGGUCAAUCCCAAUAUUCAAGUUCAAGAAAGGAGGCAACAACAGUAGAGACUUUGGAGAAAGAAGUUUCUGUGAAUGUGCAGUUUGCUUGAAUGAGUUUGAAGAAGAUGAGAAGUUGAGGAUAAUACCAAAUUGUCGCCAUGUUUUCCAUAUAGAUUGCAUUGAUGUUUGGCUUCAAAAUAAUGCGAAUUGCCCACUUUGCAGAAACAGCAUCUCAACCACCACGAGAUUCCCAACUGAUCACGUUAUAGCUCCAAGCUCUUCCCCACAAGAUCCAAAUCCUUACAGCGAAAGUGUCAUUGGCGGAGAUGAAGAUUAUGUUAUUGAAUUGGGUAAUCAUAAUCCCACAGAUCAAACCUUGCUUGCGGCACAGGAAAGAUUGAUGAAUUCAGGAGAAUUAUCAGCACGUUCGAUUAGCCCUUCCCCGUGGAGGAAAUCAGAGCAGAGAGGAUCAGCUCUUCACAAGAAAACAAGAAAAUUUAGUAAGGUAUCUAGCAUGGGAGAUGAAUGUAUUGAUAUUAGAGGCAAAGAUGAUCAAUUUGCAAUUCAACCCAUAAGGAGAUCUUUUUCAAUGGAUUCAUCAGCAGAUCGGCAGCUAUAUUUAUCAAUUCAGGAGAUUGUUCAGCAGAGCAGGCAAGUAAUUACUGAAGUCAGUCCUAUUGAAGGUUGUAGUAGCACUGGUAGACCAAGAAGAACUUUCUUUUCUUUUGGCCAUAGUAGAGGAUCAACAAGGUGUACAGUCUUACCUGUUUAUUUGCAGCCAUAAAGCCAAUUAGAUCUUUUUUUUUCCUCUUUAAAAGAUAUAGCGAUUUUAGAUUUGUUUAUUAAAAGGCAUAGGAUUUUGGACAUAAAAAUAUUCAAUUAAAAUCUCAAAUUCUAAUUUUAUUUCA